AUGGAUGGCCAUCUUACGGACUCUGAACAAGAUCACGGAUACUCUCACGAGCGCUACCAACAGCAGCACCAGCACCAGGUGCAGGGGCACCCACGGUCAAGCUGGGUCGAUCAGGGAGGCGUCAACGGAGGGAGAGCGAACGGUUACGGCUGGGCGGACCGUGAUGAUGCCUCCGCGCAAUGGAGCAGGGCGGGGAGGGGGGAAGGGAAGGGUUUCGAAGAGAGCUGGAAGGUCGAUGGGGAAGGGGGAGAGGGCAGGCCGUGGAAGCACGAGGAUCUGAAGCAGCUGCUGCAGGAUCUCGAAGACACGGAGAUAGCCGGAGCUGGCGGUGCAAAGAGGGGGCGGGGACGCAGACGGUACCGGCCGCCACCCCCCCCCCGCCCCGGAGCAAGAGGCGGGGAAGGUGGUCUUCCCGGUGAAACGGACGAAACCGAUGAAACCGAAGACGGAGUGCCGAGGAGUCGACCUGGGGCGGGGUGGGGAACGCCACCUAACCAAGGUGGCCAGAGGGAUGGAGAAGGCGACGGCGUCGUCGAAAGGCGUGAUCAGACAAGCAGCACGGGAUCGGAACCGAGAACCACGGCACAAGGAGGAGGAGGAGGAGGAGGAGAAGAGGACGGGGGGGGCAGAGGGCGGGAUCAGGGGCUAACGUUGGGUCCCCCGCCGCGAUUCCCCGGGACGGGGGCGGGAUCGGCAGGCAAUGCCGCUUCGGGUGAACCGGAUGCUAGCUUGACUCCAGGGUCCGGAUCGCCUUCCCAAAGCGAUCAAGGCAGCGCGCCGCCUCAGUUUGCGAAGAGGCGCGUGCGCGUGACGUGGGAGGCGGAGGGAUGGGGCGAAGGCGAGCAAAACGCGGCGCAAUUGGACUCGGACGUCACGGACGCGGGGCAAGCGACGUCGUUUCGGAGCAACGACCAGUACGACGACAACUACUACUACGGCUCUGUCGCGGACACACACGCCGCUGAAUCGCAGCAGCACUACCACGAGGGCCUGGUCGGGUCCCUUUUGCAGAGCGGAGACUUCAGCGACACCGGGUCGGCCGGCACUUGGACAGACGCUGACACGGAGGAGUUCGUCGUGGGACACAACCACGGGCGCUUGGAGCACCUCACGGCCUACGGGUACCAUCAGCGUUACUCGCACGCUAUGGUGGGAUCGAGGGUUGGGGGUAGGGUGCCGGGUCGCAGGCUGGUGAUGCCGCCCGGAGCACCGAUCGGACGGACGGGGUCGUCCGCCCCGCUUGGCGCGAGCACGCCUGUUCUCGAUCUAGACUACAGCGCAAAGGUGCUUGACUACGGCCGAAGGGACGGGACUGGCCCUCCCAAGACUCUCACACUCAGGUCAUGGUCGCGGAUCAUGGGUGCGGCAGGCAUAGCCACGGCAGGCGCCUUCCUGGCGGUGUCUCCCAACAACGCGCCUCGAGACCUCUACCUCGCGCUCUUUCGGCGCAACCUCGGUUUGAUCGCGGCCUCCCUCGUGGGCCCCGCGGUCUACUCGUUCCUCCUUUACGACGGCAGCAAGGCCAACAUCAACACCUACGUUAGGGUCGUGACGUUCGCCUUCACGUGGGGGUAUCUCAUCUCCUUCGCACUAGAGAUAGUAGCGGCGACGUCCUUCCAACUGUGCGUCUUGGCGGUGAUGGAGCCCAAGGCGUUCGACCUCACGCCGCACGUGCCCGCCAUUUUCCUUCCCUGGGUCCUGAGACCGUUCCGUGGCAGGGCCGCUACCGCGACUGCAGCAUCGGACGCCGCUAAGGCGGCGAGGACGGCGGCGGAGGCCGCGGAGGCUGCCCAAGAGCCCACCCACGUUCACACCUACCUCCUGUACGUGCUGGGCUCCGCGAUGGGCCUGAAAGCGGCGUGCACGAUGCAGAGGGUUCUAGUCUACACCAGGGAGUAUCACGAGCACAAGACGUUCUUCGCGAUCGCUAGGGGGUUCUUUCCUUUGUUCGAGCUGUGCGGGUCUAUCAUGGCCAUGAACCUGGCUCGUCGCGACAUCUUGGGGGACAGGAUGAACAGGCUGCAGCUGUUCUUUGUCCCGGUGUCGCUCAACGCUUACGCGGUUUUCAGGCUGUCUGACCUUUCUUUGCGCCAGCAUGCGUACCUGCCGGGCUUCGAGCUCCUGUUCUUCUCGUCAAGAGUUAUAUCCAUGGCAGGCAUCGGGUGCUCUUGUCAAGAGUAGGUACAGUAGGCUGAUUGUGCACAUGCGCAUGCAUGUCUCGCUAUAAAAUAGCAGGCAUGCACGCUGCUGCCCCCACUGCUCCACAAAGGAAAUGGUCCCCGCCUAAUGCUCCUCUCUCCCGCAUUCCCUGAAACAGGGCACCAAGCCGCUGUUCAAGUGGGCGUCGUCCAAACCGUGGGACGAGCUCCAGGUCAAGGCUUGGGUGUUCCCCAGGGGCAUGACGCCGUUCCAACGAGCGCGGAAGGGCUUCGCGAGCGUGGCUUGGUCUAUCGUCAUCUUGCGGGUCACGGCCCACGUGAUCAAGACCUACUGGCGCCUCAACCGCCUGCACAGCUCCCGCCUGCGGCAGCAGCACGAGAUGGCUGCGGCGGCGGCUGCUGCGGCGGAGCAGCGGGCAGCUUUUGCCCUUCAAGAGGCCAUGGCUGGCGCAGGCAGAACCUCGUAGGUUGGCGCGGCAAGCAGAGACCGCAUGUACCCCUCGGGGUUUGGUUGCAGAUGCUUAAUGAAUUUUCCAGCCUGAGUCCGUGUCUAUGUUGUACAGUAUGUUGCUCUCAGGGAAUAUCUCGAGGCUUCACCUCGUUAGCACAAACUUUUGAUUGAACGACCCCUCUCGUUCAGUCCGAAAGUAGGCGAAUCUUGGAUAGUUCUGUGCAGGAGUUUUUGAGUUUUUGACCUACCGGCGACUACGAUGGAAGUUCUUCUCUGCGACCCUUAGAUGCAGGCCGCGGUCCGUACAUUUCUCCAGCAAGAGACGCGUACCAACCUAUAUGUAGUUACCGUACCGCAGAUCGCUGUCCACCCCGGUCCGUCUUCCGAAGGUGUUUACUUGUAUGCAAAGGUUGUCUGCCCUCUCACUGUUUCGUUUUGCUGUGUGUCCUUGUCUAUGUACACUGAUGUAUGCUUUGGUCUGCAUAUGGGUACCUAGGGAUCUUCUCUUCCACCCAGACAUCGAGGCUCUUCGGUAAAUGGGAGAGGCGAAGACCGCGCGGCACACAUGAUACAUAAGGAUUACAAGCGACGUCAACUUUUUUUUAUUGUCUGUGAGGCGAGUGGCACAUUUUCCGUGUUGCUGGAAACAUGUGCAUGCCCUUGUAUAUACUGCUGUGUAAACUUUCGAUGUGUGGGGGGCGGGAGUAGUAGGUGGGGCGGUGAGAGGUGUGGCUUGUGGUGUGAUGGGCGGUCGUAAUCAAUCAAGAAGAACCUGCGAACUUUUCAACACGUAGUCUAGUACGUUUCGUCUGAAGGGUUUCCAGGGUGUGCUUGCCCGAUACGAAGAAACCCAUCGCACAACUCCGAAUUUUUGGUGUAUGUAGUGCUUUUCUGACCCCCAAGGAACUGAAUUAACAAUUGAGAAUUGUUUGUUUUUCGCUCCUCUUCAUUACUUUUCGACUUCGAAACUGCUGUUGCAGGUUCCGUGCUUGCUGCUUGUUGUGGUUGUGGCUAUUGUUUGUUAGUGUUUUUUCGAAGAGAAAGGGUUUCUCGGCUUCAUUUGUACCAUGUCGGAGGCCGUCCGUUGUUGUCGUCGUGUUACCCAGGCUCUACUUCCGGUGGAAUCGCCCUUCUUUUAGCAACGUCGUCGGAAGUGUGUUGAGCUGCUGUGUGUGGUUGUUGUUUGUUGAGGACUUUUUCAUACCAUCCAUUAUGUAUUGUUGUUUGUUCAAAACUUUAGCAUGUACGCAUGUACCAUCCAUUAUGUUACGAACCUCACAACAGGGGUCACACAUCAUACAUCGGAUGCACGCGUCUUUAUCUU